AUGGUUGAUUCAAGUCAUCUAAUGUAUCAAGAAGUUGAUGCAUUUUUAACAGAACAGUUACGUCAACCUUAUCCUGUAACCAAUUGGCAAAAGUGGCCAACUCUCUAUAGUUUUUGCCAGUCUCUUGCAACAAUUGCCUCUCGCCGAGGCUACAAUUUCUAUGUUGGAGAAAAGAGGUAUGGAAUGAAAGAACAAAAAGAUCAGAUUGCACCCGUUCAUCGAUAUUGCCAUCCCGGGCCAUCUCUUUCCACUCUCGAUGAACGAAAAGCCAAACCUGUGUUCACAUCGGGUGUUCACUUGGAAAAUGUAGCAUUACUUCUGCAAAUAUUGAAAACAUUGAAUGGAGUUCCUUCUUACCAGAACAACAGUGUCCUUAAAUUCAUUGGUAUUAUGCACUACGAUGGUAUGCCACUGAACAUUGGUACCUUUCCAAGAGCAGAGGAUAAGACCGUUAUAUUUGAUGGAAUUACCCCGCCGGUCACGUUAAAUCAAAUGGUAGAACUUCAAAAAGACGGUACUGAUUCCUUAAAGAAAUAUAUAAGCGAACAUUGUGAAUGGAUUUCCGAAGUGAAUGAGUAUGACAUUACAGAUGCGAGUGGGGCCUUCUAUAUCAAUGCGUAUACAGAAUACGCCACCGUCAAAGGCACGGCAAAUGAUGUCAAAGAAGCCAUUUCCAAUGUAGUACAUAGCAUUGAAGUCUGUCAGCAGUGUAUUAAAGAAAGCAGACAUGGUGACUGUACAUUUACAUCGUAUAAAGAAGCAUGCAACAGAUGUAAAACUCUACAGACGCAUGGUCUGGACGUCAAAUGCACAAGUUUUAAAGUGAUACAUGUAUCUUCAGACCAAGCAUCAGUACAACGAAAAGCUCACUCAGAGUUAAGUCAAGUGUCAGCCAAAGCCAUCGAUGAUGUUGAUUAUAUCCAGUACGGUUUCGGUAUGCUGCAUUUCUGCAAGAAUGCCAUAUCCUCAGCAAGGAAUUACAGAUUGACGAACAUGUCUGACACAUUUACUGUUUCCAUGUUAACUGCAAUCUGGGCAUCCAAAUCAGAGGAAAGCAAGAAAAUGAAAGAAACCGUACCAGCUGCAGUGUUCUCCUAUAAAGAUCGACAUAGUGACGAGUUGUGCUUCCAAACCGUUUCGGAGAGUAUACAAGAUAUUGUUAAUUCUACAAAGCAUGUGCUUGUGACAUUGGUCCCUGAGCAAUACAGGACAUACGCUGUGGAAGCGAAAACACGCACACUUCUUGGACGACCAUUGUACAUUACUACCAAUUCCAAUGGAGAUUUCUUGUGGACAGGUAAAUAUGAUAUAAACAAUACAUCGUACAGUCAUGUUUUCCUGUAAUUAAAGAUAAUUUUAGAAAGUUUAGAAAGGAAUACCAAUGAAAACAAUAACAGGAAUGUUUUAGAUUUGGUCAGCCAGUUCUAUCAGUUGGAUAUAUAGUAAUUAAAGUAACACAGUCUACUUUUUGAUCCAUUAGACUUGGUUGGUCAAAACUAUAAUUUCUUUUGGCAGAUGCUGAAUUUGAAGUUGUGGUUAUGGGAAAUCGUCACAAUCCUACCAAAUGUAUUUCUCUUGGGAAGUGGGACGAACCAGGUGAGUACCAUGCUUGUACAUUGCACCAUGUACUGGUCAGCAGUUUUAUCUUAAUUUCGGUGGAUCGUAUACCAUGUGAAAGUUAUUUUACCCAUAUAGUACUGUACAUUGAAAGCCCACCUUACAGCCAUUAGCCUGAGUUGCAGUCGCUUGUAUUUCCGAAGUUAUUAUACAGGACCUGGUGUAUGUACCACCACAGAAUAUGACAGUACCACAGAAUACCAUUUUUUUUAUUUCUCUUAUAAAAUUUGAAGGAAACAUGCUAUAUACUUUAUUUUUAUGCUAUAUAUUUGUUUUAGUCUCAAUGGUCAUAUAAAAACGAAAAAAUGGAUAUUUUCAUAAAAUUCUUAAAAAUAAUCGGGAUAAACAACAAACAAAAUUCCUUCUUUUUGGUACUUUCUUUCAGCUUAAUGCCCGUAAAAUCAGAAAGUUUGAAAAUAAGUUCACAAACCAACAUUUACAUUCAUCAACAGUUUUCUAAGCGAUACAACAUUUUUACUAUUUAGGAAUCUCACUGAGUAAUCAAAUUUACUAUAAAAAACUCAAUUUUUCAAAAUUAUUGGCAAGCCUAAAAUACUGUGGUACACACCACCAGUAAUUCUGUAGGUCUUCUGUCGUGAUUUUAGUAUUUACUUUCCACUAAAUUAAGUUAGCAAUAUCUGUGCAGUGUUAUCACACAACAUGACACACCAAAUCCUCAUACAACUUGAUAAACCGUUCCUUACUUAUUGCCCUACUGGUAUUCUGUUGUACAUCAGGAUCUUAUCCACAGAAUGUCCGAUUUAAAAAAUAAUAGAAUCUGCCAAAUCUAACCCCAAGACCCCACAGGAAGAAAAAUAUAGUGAAAAACUAUACUAAAAAAUAUUUAACAGGCUAUAACAAUGCAUUUGACAAAAGAUAUGGAACAUGUAAAUUUGUGUGGUAUUCUGUGGUACAUACACCUGUAGUCACUUUUUUAUCAUGUUUCCCAUAAAAUAUAUGAUGGAAUUUGAACAUACAGUGAUUUUAAUAAAACCGUAAUUUGACAGGCUCAGCUAAUGAAAAUCAGGUUCCUACUUCAAAAGCAUCGUUCAGUCACCCAGCUGGAUUGGAUGUCAUGGUUUGUCGUGAGAAAAAAAGAGAGAUAUGUUUUGUUUCUGAUCAAGGUAACCAUGUCAUCCGCUUUAUUAAUGGUAUUAAAACCAUCAAUGGUCCCAAAUGUGUAGGGACACUGAAAAUACAUCAUGUGCCAGAGAAAUGGAGACCAGAGGGACUAACAGUCAUCGAUUCGACAACCCUGGCCAUAACAGCAGGCACAGAGUUGAGUUUAAUUCGACUUGAUGAGUCCCUGUUGCAUGGUCAGUUGAUUACUAUUGUGAAUACCUUGCAAUCUCCCAGAGGACUUUGUUUUCAUCCCAUGCAAUCAAACUCAAUUUUGGUCGCAGAUGGAAAUGUGAUCAAAGAGAUCAACAUCAGCUCAAAGGAAACAUCUGUUGUUGCUCAAGGAUUUCAGGGAGCCUUCGGCAUAUCAGCUGCUGCAAAUGGUGAGAUAGGGAUAACUGAUGUUGGGUUGCACAGAGUGAGUUUGUUGAAAUGGAAUGAAGAUGCAUGGAUUAAUUCAACUGUAAUUGGCAGUGGAGAUGCUGGGUGCAGAGAUGGUAAUGCUACCACUGCGGAGCUUCAUGAGCCAACUGGAAUAACCUUUGACAUGAAUUCUGCACUAAUUUGUUGCAUUGGAGGACGGGAUCAUGGGUGCAUAAAGCUCUACUCACAACUAAGCUUUGCUACAGAAUUCAUGUCAAACAUUCGGAACAUUUAUGAUGCAAUCGGCUUUAUACCAAAGAAAGAGCACAACAAGAAGCGUAAAUCAAAAAGUACUCCAAUAUUGCCAUUUACAGAAGGGAUUGAGAAGUUAGCAAGCAGUCUGAGUUUUAUGCAAAGCAUUAUGUUAAAGAGGAAAGCACAUCUUGGAAAGAGCUGCCUGGAUGGUUCAGAUGGCUCGAUUUACACGCAGACACUGGAAGGACUUGCAGUAUCUGUUGCCUCACUACAGUGUCAUUCCCAAGCAUUCAAUGAACUUAAUACAGAUAUAGCAAGCAUUAAUCUCUAUGCAUUUACAAAUGAGUCCCGGAAAGAACACAAUUUUGCAAAGCACAAACAAAGUGGGCAAUACCGCCACCCUACAAUGCAGCAAUAUUGUCGAGCAAAAGGUUGUGAAGAGGAGGAGAUAAUAAAGAAGUUCUGCGAGUGCCCUCACUCUUAUCACACAAAUGCGUACAAAGCAUACCAAGCAACCCAUAGAUCGUCACUUCUGUCCACAUCUGUUAUAGAAGAAUAUAAAGACAUCAAAGAAAAGCUUAAACCCAUACAAACACCUCUCAAUGAAGAAGAUGCUGCAUUGUUAAAAGAAGAUUUAAAGAAGGCAAGAGUAAUGAAUAUGAUAACAAGAGCUCUUCCAACGCAGAAUGUGAGAGAUGUUUACAGGGCAAAGUGUGGCUACGCACCAUGUAUUGUGGAUCAACUGGAUGCAUCAUUAUUUGAUGAAACAGAUGCAGACAAACGAUAUUAUCCAAGUUUUCAGCAACUGAUGGACGAGCUACAUGAGAGCAUCAACAGCAACAGUGAACUGGAUCAGCGCAAUGUUGGGAACAAUGAUUUUGUCCUUUUGGCAGGGGAUAUUGCUGCAGUAAAUCCGGGUACAGAAAAUGGCAUUCCUAGUGGUGACAAAUGGUGGUUACUGCAGGUUAAUAAGGCUGUUCCAUCCAGCAAAACCUCUAGUGGGUGCCAUGUAUCAGGAUUUUGGCUCGAACAGUUACCAUCAUCAGAACAGCCUGAUCAAGGAUGUGCUUUGCGCUUACAGAGAGGUGUUGCAAAAACAUAUUAUGGGAGCUUGAUCAAGACAAAUGACAAGCCUGCUGUUAUAUCUGUUGAACAGCUUAAUGCAGGAUGGCAGGAUGGGGCGGUAGUGUACAAAUUGACACAAGAGUUCAUUCACAACCUUGACAAAUUGUCUGAUGAGUUCAGAGAUAAACUUUUUGGACAACAUGAGAGUGAGGACAACAGUGACAGUGAUAGUGAUGAUGAGGAAACGUCUGUCACUCAAAAACUUUCCCAUGAAGUUCAGGAAGAAGUUCUUCAGAUGUCGAGAAGAAGAAUUAUACGCAGUAGAGCAGGUCAGAACAUUUCAUCAUAUGCUGAACUCAGUGGACAGAGGCAGAAAAGAGGUUCAAGAACACAGAGGACACAUAUGCUGGGGCAAAACACAGAUGAAAUAGUGUCAGCACUCAGAGAUUAA